UAAAGUGCGAGUUCAUAUAUUUACCCAAUGAAAUAAUCUUAUCGCUUUAGUAAUAAUAUAGUCAGCUUGGCACAUUCAACCUACAAUUUUCUACUAAUCCUGACCAGACCAAUCCUGAGUUCGGAAUUCCUAAUUGUUCGUCAAACGACAUUUAAAUAAAUAAAACGGUCAAGUUCGCUGCAUUCAGUUCACAGUUUUCCUCCACAACAUGCACGUGAAAAAUCUAGCCGGCGCGUCCACAGCAGACCAAACCGAGUUUUUCAACAGUUUCGACAGAGUUCUAUCGGACAUCGACGGAGUCCUAUGGGUGGGCUUCGUGCCGAUAGAGGACGCCCAGAGCUGCUUGGAGAAUCUGAAGAAAGCGGGGAAACCCGUGCAGUUGGUAACAAACUACGCCUUCACUCCGGCCGUCACGACGCACGAAAGACUGAUAGAGAACCAAUUCGACUUCGAAUUGGAGGAUAUCGCGAAUCCCCAGAUGGCCACCGUCGAUUACCUGAGAGAGGCGAAUUUCCAAGGCAAAAUAUACGCAGUCGCGUCGAGUUUCUACAAGAACGAGCUCAGAAGAGAGGGAUUCGAAGUGGUGGAGGACCCGCCUCAAUUGAUAGACGAGAGUCUGGGCGUCUUGGUGCAGAAUAUCCAAGAUGACGAGGAUGUGCGGGCGGUUGUGUGCGAUUUUGACGUAAACACGACGUUUCUGAAGAUCCAGAAGGCCAUCACCUACCUCAAAAGACCCGAUUGCUUGUUUAUAACCGGCGGAGCAGACAAAUUUCUGCCCGUAGGUAAAAUUGGACCGUUGUUAGGAAACUACUUCACUUACCAAGGCAUGACAGAGGCGACUGGUAAAAAGCCACUUUCCUUGGCGAAGCCUUCCAAGGGGUACAUGAGAUUCGUGACAAAGAAAUUCAAAGUCCAGGACCCCUCGAGGGUGCUGUUUAUAGGAGACAUGAUAAACGAAGAUAUGGGUUUCGCGGCUGCGGCGGGUUUCAAGAAAUUGCUGGUGCUCAGCGGGAACAGCAGCCUGGAGGAUUUGAAGAAUUGGAACCAUCCCGAAGAGUACAAACCCGAUUAUUACGUAGAAAGUCUCACGGAAUUGAACAAAAUCAUCAAAACCAACCAUAAAUUAUAGACGAAAUUUUUGCCGGCCAAGGUCGAUUCAUUCGAAAUAAACCUAACGAGCAUAUUGGGCGUUUUAAUAGGCUUUACAGGCAUGUGUAUAAGAUGAACAAAAAGUUGUUUUUAACGGGUUU